AUGGAGGAAACAAACACCAAGACAGUUGGAGAUGUUGAGACUGUUGAUGUUUAUACAGCAAAAGGUUUGCUUAGUGUCGGUCAUCGAUAUCUCGAUGUUAGAACUAAUGAAGAAUUCGCCAAGAGCCACGUCGAGGAUGCCUUGAACAUUCCUUAUAUGUUCAAAACAGAAGAAGGUAGGGUUUUAAAUCCUGAAUUCCUUACCCAAGUGGCAUCGGUUUGCAAGAAAGAUGAACAUAUGAUAGUGGCUUGUAACGCUGGAGGAAGAGGUAGUCGUGCUUGUGUUGACCUUCUCAAUGCGGGGUACGAGCAUGUGGCUAACAUGGGAGGAGGCUACUCGGCUUGGGUUGACUCUGGAUUCGCCGGCGAUAAACCCUCUGAGGAACUCAAGAUUGCUUGCAAGUUCCGCCCAAACGAUAACUAA